CCGUUUCGUUCCAUCCAUUUACCGUUUCACUCAGUCAAGCGCUCUCCACUCCCACUGAACUAAAGGACCUAAAGACCGAUUAAGAGCGUGCAAAAAGAUUUAGUUCCUUUCGGUCCUUCACGGGAUUUCAUUCUUAACAGUUCUUAGUUCAUGACCGACUCAAGCCUAGUCAGAAAUCUGAGAAAUCGUCUGUCAGCUUAGACUUGACAUUUGGUAUUUUGGUUCAUAAAAUAGAACAAAAAUAAAUAAAUAAAAGUUAAAUCAUAGAAAGCCUGGUUUAUUUAGUCAGUAUCUAGUAAAUGUAUAAUUACAUGUAAUAAAAUAUUAUAGAUCUACUUCCAAAUUACAAUAAGAUUUACUAGUAUCGACCAUUAGAAAUCUUCAACGAUGGCUGACGACAUUGUUUUCGACUUACUUCAUUCAGAAAUAAUAAAUUAUGCUAUGGAGCAAUCGAAAGAUAACUCUGAAAAGAAGGAGGCAGACUUAUCUAUUGUGGAAUACAUUGGAUUUGCGGCUGGAUAUAAAGUAAUGGAGCGAUUAACCCGAGAGUGGUCGAGAUUCAAAGAUGAACUGGACACCAUGAAGUUUGUAUGCACAGAUUUCUGGACUUGCAUUUACAAGAAGCAAAUUGAUAAUUUGCGCACAAACCACCAAGGGGUGUAUGUGCUUCAAGACAAUGCGUUUAGAUUUCUAACUAACUUUUCAAAUGGGCAACAAUACUUGGAAUAUGCUCCCAGAUAUGUGGCGUACACAUGUGGUCUGAUAAGAGGCGGUCUGGCAAACCUGUCCAUAAACAGCAUUGUCACCGCCGAAGUGCAGUCCAUGCCCUCCUGCAAGUUCCACAUCCACGUCCAGAGAGUAUGAAUUACAAAAUAAAAUAUUUAUUGUUAAAAAA